CAGAGCUCUGGGAACUGUCUUGACAGAGAACCUGAGCUGGACAAAGCAGCCUUGAUCUGAGUGAGCUAACUGGCACCAUGAAAACAUCAGGUGUCUUUCUGCUCCUCUUCCUGGCUCUUUUCUGCUUUUUCUCAGGUGUCUUCAGUCAAGGAGCUCAGGACAAAAGAGGCUGCAACACAAGAUCAGAGGGCUGGAUGCCAAGAAAAGGUGGCUUAAGGAGGCGUCUCUUUCAAGUUGACUGUGAUGAGUUCAAGGACCCCAAGGUCUACUGUACUCGGGAAUCUAAUCCCCACUGUGGUUCUGAUGGCCAGACAUAUGGCAAUAAAUGUGCCUUCUGUAAGGCAGUGGUGAAAAGUGGUGGGAAAAUCAACCUAAAGCACCGUGGAAAAUGCUGAAUCAGAACCCGAAUGCUGAAAAUGCUCAAUCAGAGAGCUGACUUGCCAGCUCUCUCGUAUUUCUUUACUUGCCUCUGCUUUUACUUUACUUUUCUCUAGCGAAUCCCUUCAAUUUAUAAAGACACACCUUCUACUCUACCUUGAGCCUAGGGUAUUCCAUAUAUAUUUCCCUUGAUUCGC